AUGUCUGCUACAAGCAGUCCAGUGGAAUCGAGGCUCCCUCAUCGGUCCGGUACCACUCGGAGCUCCAUUGGUCCCGAUCGGCGAGCUUCAAUGAGUGACGAUGAAGCGAUUCCAGGUUCUGAUAGCAACGAGACUACAAAUCUCCUCCUCGAACGUCUUCGGGCCUGGAAGCAUUUGUGUGGCUAUUUGGAAGACUACGUUGCGGUGACGGCCAAGGUACAGAAGUCUCAAUCGAAGGACUAUGAGAAGAUAUUGAAGACCGUCAGCGAUCCAUUGAAGGAAGGACAUCAUUUUUCUCCGAGCGCUGGAGGAGUGUCUUCAUGGUUCGAGAAUAUCCGUACCAACACUCAGGGAAUGGUGAACAUGUAUCUGGAAUCAGAGAAGAACCUGAAGGGCUCCAUCACCCCGACCCUGGAGCGUCUUCAUAAAGAGAUCAAAAACAAAUCGAAGGAGCUGCAGUCGGGGGCUUCUAAGAGCUCGAAGGCUGUCGAAAAAGCAAGAGGCGUCACUCAAAAGCAUAUUGAGCUCCUUGCUCAGCAUAGCGCAUCGUUCGAUGCAGCCGCAGGGACCAAGCUUGACCAACACCACGACCCUUAUAUUCUACGCCGGGGCAUCAACCACCGCCUCAACAAACAGGUUAUUGAGGAGAACAACAACCGCCAGGAUAUCAUUGCAGUGCAGAAUAACUUUCAGCAAUUCGAGGCGCAUGUUCUGCAAACCCUCCAAGCCACCAUGGAGCAGUUCGUUGUGUUCACGAAUAAUCAGCUCGACCGCCAUCGCACCAUGUACACGGAUAUACUGGGUACUGCCCAACGCAUCCCUCCAGACUUUGAAUGGGUCAACUUCAUCACCCAAAACGACACAUCCCUGGUCAACCCGGAUGCCCCGCCCAGGUCUCUGAGCAACAUCACCUUCCCCAAUCAGGACCAUCGCGCGACAAAGCCACUGAUCGAGGGAUCCCUGGAACGGAAGUCUCGCGCCGUCCUCAAAGGUUACAGCACCGGCCACUACGUCGUGACCCAUGCUCGGUACCUCCACGAGUUUAAAGAUAACGAUGAUUUCCGCCGCGAUCCCACCCCGGAAUUAUCCCUCUUCCUCCCCGAUUGCAUCAUCGGUGCCAUUGACGGGAACAAGUUCAGUGUGAAAGGCAAGGAUGUGUCUAGCGGGAAAGUUGGAAACGCUUUCCACACGAACACCGAGCUGAACUUCAAGGCUACCUCACCCAAUGAGGCCGAAAAAUGGUGGACUGUAAUCAAGGACGCAACCCGGGCUCCUCCCUUGCAGACUAGCAUGGCCACCCCACCAGCUGCCAUGUCGUCGCAACCUGCUAGCCCGGCUGUCGUCAUGGGCGACGUGACACCACCCGCAUACACCGAAAAGACCAGCGAGGCAGCCGCCCAUGGCCCCAGUGCCUCAGCCCAGGCAACCCAGGCCGCUCCCUCGAUCAUUCGUGCUGACACUGCGAAGUCAGUUCAAAGUACCACCUCUACUGGCGGGGUAGCCCCUGCCAGCGAGAAAAUGUGA